AUGCAUGUCGCACACGGAGAACCAAAUGUGAUUCGCAGAAGCCGUCAUGUCACUAUUGCCAAACUCGCGGCGUGCGCUGCAUCUACCAAGAGCCGCCAGUGGAGCCCCCCGAUCGGUAGGCGACCACUCUCUCCGCACCGCGAAGACUGGGCUAACAUUCGGGAUAGUGUCGAGGAAGCACUGAGUGCCAUGAAUAAACGUCUCGAUGUACUUGUCAGCUUGAUGCUUCCCACACAGCCCAUUUCCCCCAGCGUUCAUAUGGGAGGAUCCCGGUCGGAAUAUGAGGUCUUGGCAAGCCAAGAGGACUCGCCAUUUGACUUGCCUUCCAAGCUGCUUAGUAAUUCAUCACUCAUGGAUGUACUAGGAUUAGACGCCGAUUUCGCGCAGGUUCUGCUCCGGGGGGAACGGACUAUCUCGUCUGAGGCCAACGCGAGCGCAGGUACACGGAUGCUUGUUGUUCGUCAUCGGCAUAUAGUGAGCGCCUUGGCUGCAUUCUCCGCACACGUCCACAUCUGGUAUCCCAUUCUCCCGUUAGGAUUUUCACAAGAGUACUUUCGGGUACUCUCUGGAUCCUUGCCUCCCUCUUCGGAAACUUGCCUUUCCCUUCUUGUGGUCGCCAUCGGUCUUGUUGUCGAGGGAGACGAAGCAGUCCCAGAUAUCCCAUAUUUUCAAACCGCUCUCACCUUGCUGCCAAUCAUCAUCUCCGAGUGCAGUGUUCGCAGUGUUCAGUGCUUAGUGUUAAUCAGUUUGUAUUAUUGCUGUCUUUUGAAGCCCUGCCAGGCACACGACUAUUGCUUGAUUGCGUCUUCCAAGAUCCAGAACAUCAUCAAAAGUGGGCUGGAAGGUGAUAAUCCAGAUACUGUUGACCAAACUCGGCGUGCAUAUUGGGGUGCAUUACUACUCGAGAAUGAAAUUGCUGGCCAAUUGGAUGUCCCCAAGAGUGGCAUAUGGUAUCUGGAUGAACAUGUCCCACUGCCACUAUGCCAGCAGACAUGGGAAUUUCAACCACGGAACAUGUCCCUAGCUGAUACUGCACCUGCUCCCUCGGGUAUUGCACUGUCUGCUCUCUCAAACAGGGAAAAUAUGGAAAAUACGCGAUCCUACUUCCUGGCAGAGAUUGCCAUGAGGCGUAUGCUACAUCGAUGCAACACAGCUGUUCAGGCGACAUCCGCGGGGGAGUACGUUUAUGCACCGAGUAUCGCACUAGAGCUGGAACACCAACUGGAAGAGUGGUAUCUUUGCCUACCGGAAAUGAUCCGUUUUGAAAAGGGCGACCUGUCUCAGCCCUUAGAAAUGGUCAAAAUCCCGCCCUGUCCUCUGUCGAACUUUCUGCGGGUCCAGUACUACUGCUGCAAGCUUUCCAUAUACUGGCCGGCCGUUUAUCAGGCGAUGCAGGAUGGAGCCGUUUCCGACCGUCUUCUGGAUCAUUGCCGGACAUUCUUCGAUUCCUACAUGAUGUUGACACCGAGUAUUGUUGCGGCGUUUGAUAACUGUCGGGUGAACAGGUGGACAUUAUUCGUCAGUUUACUAACAUUGCUUGAUAGUAUUUUUAUCACUUCCGUGGCCGCCAUGACUGCAGGGAAUACCCCAUGUUUGAGUGAGCUCUGUUCACCCCAGUUCCAUCAAUGUAUCCAAGCAUCAGGUCGCGUCGACAAGACGGUAUUGCAGCAGAGCCCAUCUUUGAUGAUGUUGCAGGAAGUACUGGAAGAGCGACUUUCAGAGGCUAGUUUGUACGGAAAACGCAACAAUUAA